AUGCAAUUUAUUCUUCUCUCAGUAAUUCCACUAGCUCUGGCUAGUCGAGAUGCGUAUACAGAGAAAAUAUUUCAAAUGCACAAUGAAUUUCGAAAACAGAUACUCGAGUGUAAAGUGGACGGACAACCAGCAGCUAAGAGAAUGCCUCCACUCGUAUGGGAUGAAGAACUGGCUAGUCAAGCGAAAACAUUAUCCAGAACCUGUAGAAUUGGAUACGAUUCUCCUAAAAGUUCAAAACUAUAUCCAGUUGCACAGUAUAUUGCUGCUUAUGCAACUGUUGAACAAGCUAUGCAGUCAUGGUUCGGUCAGCACAAAUGGUAUAAUUUUAAAAACAAUCAAUGCAGUAACCGAUGCAGAAACUACUUGCAAAUAGUUUCCGCUAACACCACAGAUAUUGGAUGUGCAGUGACCAAAUGUCCAUACAGUGACGAUUUUAAAUAUGGUUUAUUCAUAGUCUGUAACUAUGGCCCAGGAGCGAACUUAGCUGUGAGACCUUACGAAGCCAAGAAUAUCAAUGAAGUCUGUCCAGUGAAAGAGACUGCAGCAGAUGUUCAACCGAUACAUGGACAAUGGCAGCCAACUUUGGGCACUAUGAAAUUUAACUCCAGAAAUUGUUACUGUUUUAAAUAAAUAAUUAAUUAACUAAUGAGACACUUAAACAAUUAUUGAAUUUCACUUCUAUAUUUUAUUAAAUAAUUGUGUUAUUUAACGCAUAUACUUCUCAAAUAUAAAGAUUUUCAAGUUUCA